AUGAGUCCGGUUUACACAAUACAUCAGAUUCGUCUCAACAGCGUGGUCCCGGCUGUGACGGAAUCGAACGCCAACAACAACUGGAUCCAGCGGCAAUUCUCGCGUCUGACGAAGAACUGGCGGUUCCGUAUCAAAAAUGAAGGUCGCGCCAAGCCCCCCGAUUGGUUCCUGGACAAAUUCGCUGCACAAACGUUCACCGACCCCGAAGAACCGCUCUACCAGGCACAACGUUCCAAGCUACUCUGCGGGAUGAAAUUAGCCUUCGACCCAACCUUACCAACUCAUUAUAACUGGUUGGCGGUUGUUUCCCUGGCUAUCCUGUACAACGUGGUGUUUGUGAUCGGACGAGCGGUGUUCUGGGAACUAGACAACUUGACCUCUGUCUGGUUCGUCCUGGAUUAUCUAUGCGACUUCGUUUAUCUCGUCGACACCGUUAUACAUAUACACGAAGGCUAUCUCGAACAAGGACUGAUGGUUAAAGAUGCGAAGAUGCUCAGACACCACUAUCUAAAGUCGAGCUCUUGGAAAUAUGACCUGCUUUCAUUGAUACCGACCGAUAUAGCGUACUAUUGGUGGCCUCCGGGAUCGUGCGAUCAUAUGCAUUUGCCGUGCCCGGUUAUCGUGCGGUUAAAUCGACUUCUCCGCCUGCCUCGCAUGUGGGAAUGGUUUGAUAGAACAGAGACAGCCACAAGUUAUCCGAACGCUUUCAGAAUUUGCAAGGUUGUGAUGGCGAUACUAGUUCUUAUCCACUGGAACGCUUGCCUAUACUUUGCUAUCAGCUAUGCUAUCGGUUUCGGUACCGACAAUUGGGUAUACAAUUUGACAGGCUCUCGCAACGGUUCUUUGACGCAUCAAUAUAUCUAUAGUUUUUAUUGGUCAACUUUGACUCUGACGACCAUCGGUGAAACACCACAACCGGAAAAGGACGCCGAGUAUUUGUUUGUCGUGGCUGACUUUUUGGCGGGAGUUCUGAUCUUCGCCACAAUCGUAGGGAACAUUGGCUCGAUGAUUUCAAACAUGAACGUUGCCAGAGUUGAAUUCCAGAAUAAAAUGGACGGCGUGAAACAGUAUAUGGCCUUUAGAAAAGUAAGCGGUGAACUUGAAGCCAGAGUCAUACGUUGGUUCGCUUACACUUGGGCACAGAGCGGUGCAUUAGAUGAAGAAAACGUAUUGUCAUCUCUCCCUGAUAAAUUAAAAGCUGAAAUCGCUAUAAGGGUACAUUUGGACACAUUACGAGAAGUUCGCAUAUUUCAAGAUUGUGAACCUGGUUUAUUGGAGGCAUUGGUCCUAAAGCUAAAGCUGCAAGUGUUCAGCCCAGGAGAUUACAUUUGCAGAAAAGGAGAUGUUGGCAAGGAAAUGUAUAUUGUGAAGAGAGGACGACUGCAAGUCGUUGCUGAUGAUGGAAAGACUGUAUUAGCUACUUUGAGUGCAGGCUCUGUAUUUGGAGAAGUGAGUGUCCUGGAAAUCGCCGGUAACAGAACCGGUAAUCGACGAACUGCUAAUGUACGAGCUUUGGGAUACUCUGACCUAUUUUGUCUCGCUAAAAGGGAUCUCUGGGAGGCUCUAGGUGACUACCCUGAUGCAAGAAAUACACUCACUGAACGCGGCUGUCAAUUGCUUAGAAAGGAUGGACUACUUGAUGAAGCUUUGUUUGAAAGCGCACAAACUACCCAACAAAGCCUAGAAGAAACUGUUCACAAAUUGGAGACCACCGUAGAAAUGCUAAAUAAUCGUCUACAAGGCCUUUUGGCAGACGUAGGCGAGGAACAAGCUGAAAUGAAACAAAGGAUGAACAAUAUAGAAGUUAGGAUGCUGGAAGAUGAAGUCGAUGAACUGCCCUCGGAUGACGAUGUGACCUCAUCCGAUGCUUCAGAGUUGAAAAGUGAAAUUGCCAAAGAUCUAGCUUCAGGAUACAGCGAGGCUCCGAUGACGUCAGUCAACGAUAGCUCCCUUGUGGCGAGUCAGUCAAUGCCACUGAGAGAGAGGGGGCAUUCGUUUUGCGUUUUAAGAACCACUGCACUCCUCCACGCUCCCCCGGAACCAAGAAGCAAAUCACUUCGAAUUAAAAGAAUCCAGAAUGAGUCGUCCGAAUGAAUCAUCUAAAAUAGUUUUCUGUGUGGAAUAGCAACAGCGGGCUUCAAAUUUGGUUUCCGUGCCAACAGUUGGAUCAAACAAAAAAAUGUGUCAAAACUCAUCGAUUUAAAAGAUUGCAAUAAAUCAGAGUAUACUUGAAUAAAUAUAAUAUCGUUUUAAAUUAUUGUAGUUACAUGAAUGAGAUUCAAAGAGUGAUAAAACAGGAAGGCAGUGUUGAAAUUUUGCAGUGUUUUAGCAUUUAC